AUGGCAGCUGGCCAACUCAUGAAGUCCCUCAACGAAGACGCCACGCACGACAACCAAUCCACCGCCGACGGCGCCAUCCUCGUGAAUGUCAUCAAGUGUGAACGCGACCUGAAGAACUGCGUCGUGUGCUGGGGUGUCGCCCGGAGCCACCACCACGUUCGAGUCUUUGUCGAUGGAUCUCCCCACGCGUUGGAUGGGUUUUACCUCGACAUUCCCACUGACCUCCAAGGCCAACUUGACGAACGACUGCUGUUUGAGGCCAUGCCGCGUUUGGAACCGCACUUCCUUUGGGGAUCGUACAACAGCGUGUCUGCCACGUCCAGCCUUGCUGGGGCCCGCUACCGUCUGCACUUUCUGGGCUCUGACAUUCCGUCGUCCAUGCUUGUGGGCGAUCGAAUGGUCGAGGAAUUUGUGUUUCGCGGCCGCUGCCUUCGCGUGUACGGGCGUGGACGGUUCUUCCGUGACCACCAACUUGUCCGGAUCAACCUCGACGGCCCAACACCACCGGACAACCUCGCGUGA